AGAACCGUCACUGCUCUCUUCAGCAGCAGUGUCGGCACGACGGAGGAUGCAAGAUACAUUAUUCAGGUUUUCAGAUAUUGUUGGAGCAUGUGCUAUCCUUAUUCCUUAAUGCUCAGCGUUGUCUUCCGGAGGAGUGAGAGAGAGGGCCUCCAAAUGGAUAAUUUCCUUUCUGCAGUACUGGGCGAGCUGACCAAUAGAUCCAUAAAUUUCAUCAUCAACAAGUGCUCCAAGCCACCAGCGCUGCCCGUGGAGGACAGCCUGCAAAGGGCUCUCCUCCGGGCGCAGGUCAUUGUCGAUGAGGCCAUGGGGCGGCACAUUACAAACCGAGCUAUGCUCCAGCAGCUGGACUUGCUGAGAAACACCAUGCACCGAGGCUUUUACACACUCGACACCUUCAGAUACCAAUCUCAAGACAAAGAGGAGACCGAAGAUCAGAUCGUGAGUCACCCUUCACUAUUCUCCAAAAUUAGUUCGUUCAAAGAUUUCCGUUUGUCCAGUGGAACAAGUACACGGAUUUUGGAAGAAAUGCAAGCGAUGCUUGACUGCUUGAACUUCAGGAUCCUUGAUUCGAAAGAGCUGGUCCUGUUCUUGGCGAGCUAUCCCUGCAUGUACCGAGAGCCUUACAGCAUGUAUCUCCUGUUGAGCAAGUGCAUGUUUGGCCGCCAGAUGGAAACACAACUUGUCAUCAACUUCCUGUUGCACAGACACACUUGCGGUACUGAAGAACUGGAGGUCCUGCCAAUUGUUGGUCCCAGCAAAGUUGGCAAGAGCACCCUUGUUGCUCAUGUUUGUAAGGAUGUAAGAGUCCGCGAUCAUUUCUCAGAAAUCUUGUUCUUGCACAACCAUGAUUUUACUGAUGACGAGCUAGCUACUCUCAGAGAAGGAUGUGCGAUGAAAGAUCAAAGUCGUGUGUCAAGCUCGAACAAAGAUGGGAGAUUGCUAGUUGUUGUUGAGUUAAUUGGAGACCUCAAUGAAGAUGCAUGGAAUAGGCUGUAUUCUGCUUCUAAAUGGAGCAUGCAAAGCGGUAGUAAAAUCAUAGUCACAAGCCGGUCUCACAAGAUCAUAAAGUUUGGAACAACACGGGCUCUAACUCUGAGGUAUCUGUCCCAUGAGGCAUACUGGUAUUUCUUCAAGACACUUACAUUUGGAAGCAUGGAUCCCAAGAUGCACCCGAGGCAUGCGCACCUGGCCAUGGAGAUAGCCAGGAUGCAGAAAGGUUCCCUCAUUGGCGCAAACGUCACUGGUCGUUUGCUGAGGGACAACUUUGACAUUCACUUUUGGUGCAAGGUUCUGGCCUUCUUGAGAGGGCUUAUCCAGAAACAUGUCUCCAAAUUUGGUGAGCAUCCACUUGAUCUUAUGAACCAAAGUAGACCUGCACAGCUUGGGAGAAUGGCUACACCUUCUGAAGAUUUCCUGAUUUAUUUUCAGUGUUAACGCUCUUCUCAAGAGGAGGUUCCAAAGAUUAGAUUUGAAGAUGUGAUGUAUGGAAGCGUUAAGCCUCAUGGGAAAUUUGAGGCCCUAGCAUGGAGGUCUCGGAUACCGCCCUACUAUAGCCAUGUCUAUACAUGUGAGGUUGCUGAGCGGAAAACUACAGCUGCCAAGAGGAAGCGUUCUAUGGACAAUGGAGUUACACUUUCUUAAUUCUGCCAUUAUCAGGCUUACAUAGGAGUAUAAAUCUUUAUAUGUUUCAAUAGGUGUCAGCAUAGACACACUAUUUGAUAGGAUAUUGAAAGUUACAACACAGUCAGACUGUACUACUACCUUAUCAUAUGUAAAGUGUUUGUCAACAGAAUAAUGCAUGACGCUGAGGCAUAGAUUUUCAUGAGAUAUAAUCGUUGGUUUCACUCCAGAUAGAAGCCUCAGUCUGGGCUUUCAGACUUGCGUUUUCUUUAUGUUUUCAGUUCAACCCUGCAGGGCAUUUUGGCGACAGAGCCUCCUGAUCGUGUUUGCCAAAUGGAGAUGGAUCAACUUAUCAGCUCCUUGUUGCAAGGCAAGGAGAGCCUUAUGUUUUAAGAAGAUUGGGCAUCCUACCAAUCACUAGACAAAAACAGUUGGAAAGAGAUAUUGAGUUUGUUGAACUGAUCGGUUUCCUAUGAUUGUAGCUGUAUAGGUACUCAAAUCUUUGAAGUACAUGUACUGUGCUAAUUGCAGCAGUUUGAUUUGA